UUCUCCAUAUCUGCGCCGCCAUUGGAGCCACGUCGCAGGAACUCAAAGAUCAGAACCUUCCUCUAACCCCUCCAUCGCGUACUCUGGAGCAACGUGCUCCUCUCACGAUCGCCAGUCCGCGCCCCCUCUUGGACGCCUUGAUUGCCAUUCUUUCUUCAGUGAUCGACCGAUUUCCCCCCGCCGUUCCUCAAGAAAAAAAAUACAGUUAUUUAUCAGAGCUUCUGAAUCGGAUUCUCUGUAUGGAAACCGUUGGGGAUAAUUCCGUUGCGCACGAAUUGGAGUGUGCGUCUCGAUUGUUAAUUGUGAAGGAUAAGAGUGGCUGGGAAGAUGUGUCGCAGUUGUAUGGCUUCCUCAUUAGUCAUGUAACUGAUGAUCUAGGAAAGGUGAGGAAGCAAUCACAUUUAUGUCUGCGUGAAGUCCUGAAGUAUUUUCAGUCGGCACCAAUGUUAGCACCAUUGCAUUCACAAGCAAGUGAAGUCAUUGUAAAUGUCUUUGAGAGAUAUAUUUCUCUUGCUGGGGGAUCUAAUGCAAGUGUUUCAGAAAGGCCCAAAGCUGCACAGGAAGUUAUAUACAUUCUUGAUGCCCUUAAAAUUUUCCUGCCCUAUAUUGCCUCAACUUCCUCAACAAAAAUCUUGAAGCACUACAAAUCGUUGCUGGAACUGAAACAUUUCACUGUUACCAAACGCAUAACAGAUGGACUAAAUACUCUAUGCCUCCAUUCUCCUGGAGACAUAUCUGCAGAACUCCUGGUUGAUUUGUUAUGCUCUUUAGGUUUAUCAGUUUCUGCAAACCCAUCAACUGCUGAUAGUAUGAAAUUUACUACUCGCCUGCUGAACAUUGGGAUGAAGUUAGUUUAUUCUCGCAACAGGCAAAUAUGUGUGGUCAAGCUUCCUGUCAUUUUUAAUGCACUGAAAGAGGUUUUGGCUUCUGAACAUGUGGGGGCUGCAGUAGCAUCAGUGGCAACAUUUAAAAGAUUAAUAAAUUCAUGUAUUGAUGAGAGCUUGAUCAAAGAAGGUGUGGAUGAGAUUAUAACCAAUGCCAAUGCAGCUGUAAGGAAAUCAGGUCCCACAAUCAUUGAAAAAGUUUGUUCGACCAUUGAAAGUCUGCUUGAUUAUCACUAUGGAACUCUCUGGGAUAUGUCGUUUCAAAUUGCUUCAACCAUGUUUAACAAAUUAGGCAAGUCUUCAUUUUACUUACUGAAAGGAACACUCAAGAAGUUAGCUGAUUUGCAAAAGUUGCCAGGUGAAAGGUUUGCUUUCAGGAAACAGUUGACCAAGUGUGCAGGAGCAGCACUUAGCUCUAUGGGACCAGAGGCCUUCCUGAAUCUUAUACCACUGAAUUUGGAAGAUGAAGAUCUAUCUGAAAGCAAUCUUUGGCUAUUCCCUAUCCUGAAACAGUAUACUGUUGGUGCUCAUUUGCAAUUCUUUUCCAAGUCAAUUUUGCCCUUGGUAGAAAAAAUGAAGCAGAAGUCUGCAGUGCUUGAGCAAGAAGGAAAAUUGCAAUCUGCAAGGAGUAUUGAUGGAAUUGUGUACUCCCUGUGGUCUUUGCUGCCAUCAUUUUGCAAUUUCCCAGUUGAUACUUCUGAAAGUUUCAAGGAUCUGGAGGGAGCUUUAUGUGCUACUCUUAAAGAAGAGCCUGAUGUUCGUGGUAUCAUAUGCUCCAGCUUGCAGAUUCUUAUUCAGCAGAACAAGAAGAUUGUUGAAGGAAAAGAGAAUAGUACAAAUUAUGAACUACAAUUAGCGGAAGAACGAGCUAUUGCCCAUUAUACUGCACAAGUUUCUGAAUCAAACUUGAGCUCAUUGAAAUCAUCAGCUCAUGAAUUAUUUUCAGCUCUUACACAUGUUUACUUAAAGUCUUCCAAAGAUACUGCUGCCAUUUUGCAGUCUACUAUUGGUGACCUUGCUUCGAUAUCUGAUAGACAAGUGGUCUCAUGGUUUUUCAAGAGAACCAUGCAGAAGCUUUUAAAGGUUACCCACGAGGCUGCUAAUUCAAAUGAUACAAAAGAUUCCAAUAUGAUGCAGAUUGACUCAUCGAAUGAUGGCUUAAGGUCAAAAGUCAGGGCUCGACUAUUUGACCUUGCAGUUUCCUUUCUACCUGGGUUGGACUCAAAGGAAAUUGAUCUUCUAUUUACUGCUAUACAACCUGCAUUGAAGGAUGCUGAUGGCUUGAUCCAGAAAAGGGCGUAUAGAGUUUUGUCUAUAAUCUUUCAGGGAUCUGACGAUUUCAUUUCAAGAAGACUCGGAGAGAUGCUCAAUUUGAUGAUUGAAUUGCUGUCGUCUUGUCAUUUUUCUGCUAAGCACCACAGACUUGACUGCUUAUACUUCUUGAUUAUUUAUGUUUUGAAGGAAUCCGAACAGAAGCAAGACAUAACUGCUUCUUUCCUUACUGAAAUUAUAUUAGCUCUAAAAGAGGCAAGCAAGGAAACAAGAAACAGGGCAUCCGAUAUACUUGUCCAGAUUGGUCAUAUCUGUGAAGAUGAGAAUGAUGGCAAGGAGAAGUUGCACCAAUUUUUUAUCAUGAUUGCUGGUGGCCUGGCUGGUGAGAGCCCCCAUAUGAUCAGUGCUACGAUGACAGGCUUAGCUCGUUUGGCCUACGAGUUCUCUGAUCUUGUUUCUGCUGCUUACAAUGUUCUUCCAUCUGCUCUUCUCCUACUACAAAGGAAAAACAGUGAAACAAUCAAGGCUAAUUUAGGUUUGCUGAAAGUAUUGGUUGCAAAAUCGCAAGCUGAUAGCCUGCAAGCGCAUUUGCGAAGUAUGGUGGAAGGGUUGCUGAAUUGGCAAGAUGAUACCAGAAACCAUUUCGAGGUUAAAUUGCUUCUGCGAAUGCUCGUGAGGAAAUGUGGUCUGGAUGCCGUCAAAGAAGUCAUGCCUGAGGAGCAUAUGAAACUCCUAACAAACAUUCGAAAGAUGAAGCUUAUGGAGCGAAACGUGAGGAAACAGCCUGCAAAAUCCUCAGAAGAUAGAUCAAUUCAAUUAAGAGCAACUACGUCAAGAACGAGUCGAUGGAAUCACACAAGCAUAUCUUCUGAUUUUGCUGAUGGAAAGGGCAUUACUACUCGUCCAAGAACGAUUUCCUACCCAAUGCAUUCCAAGGCAUCUCUGUUAAGAUCCAAGCAAUUGGCUGACAAGCCCCUCGACUUACUUGAUAGUCUGCGAACAAGGUCUGCACUUCGACAAUCACAGCCAUUAAAGAGGAAGCCUGAUUUGGAAGAUGAUCUCGAGAUGGAUUCUGAAGGGCGUCUAAUUAUUCGUGAGGAUGGUAAGAGGAAGCAGAAGCGAGAUUGCCCCAUGGAAACUGAUGAGGCAGAUGAUGAGAGGAGUGAAGUUUCUGGCAGCUCAAGAAAAACGAAAAAGCGGCUAAAGACAACAUCAGAGGCCGCGGGGGUGUACACUCACAAGAUAUAUGAUAGCAGAAAGGCAAGAGGUGAUGUGAAGAGAAAAGACAAAGUUGAACCUAAUGCAUAUCGGCCGCUUGAUCGGAAGAUGAUGAGUCGAAGGCCGGAACAAACGGCGGCUGCCCGAAGCGGCAUGGAAAGUGUGGUGAUGCUGACCAAGAAACUGGAAGGGAUAAGUGUGUCGAAUAGAAUGGAAACUGAAAGGUGAAUGGGUGGCUGUGUGGAGUUAACUAAAUGGGAAUGAGUCAGUCAAAAUUUUGGUAGUUGAUCAUUCAAUGUUUUUGGUAGUUUAAGAAUAAGGCCCGUUUGGAUUGGUUCGUGGGGGCUGGUUUUAGCUGGACACAAUUUU